CUCUUUCACAACAACUCUGCAGGCCCUCUAAUUAAUCCUCUCUCCCCUCGCCUCACUUUCGGGGGCCUCCAACUCAUCCACAACCACCGAUCCACCUCAAUGAACAACCCCGAUGCGACCUGCAACUCCCAAUUCAUUGAGACGUGCAUGGCGGACGAUGGAUCAUGACCACGAGGACGACGCUUAUGCCCGAGUACCAACGAUAUCAUUGGCAGAUUCGCUGCAAGAUGGUUGGAAUGUGUGCCAUCCAUCCUCGAGAGGUUCCUCCCAACGCACGAUACCAAUCAACAAUGUCGACUCUUCCGCCAGACAAUUGUUCCUGACCAAUUUUGGGCCCAAUACUUUGACGCAGUUUCUGCGGGAAGAGAUAGAGAAGUUGAGACAAUCUGUGAACUCGUACAGUGGCAAGGGCAAAGGGAAAGCGGUUGAGACGUACCAUUCCUCUGAAGCUGCACAACCAGGUGACAGUGAAGAACUUCGCAAUCACCAUGCUACGGCUGAGACCAAGAAUAACGGCCACUUGGAAACCACCACAACCCUUUUGCCAGGUUCUAUCCAUGGUACAUUCGCAGACAAGCAAUUUAUCCAUCACCAGGCAAGGUCCACCUGUGUUCCGGAACAACAUGGCUCAUCUUCUGUUGCGAGCUCUUCGUCCCUCCCAUGUCAAGAUUUGCGUCCUCUCGAAUGCACCGGCCAAAGUAGUCUUUUACUGAAUGCAGCUUUGCGACGGUCUGAACGCCUGACAAGGAAGAUGCAGAGCAAUUACAUAGCUGGUAUGAAGAAUGCUUCGUCUGACUAUGAUGGCCCCUCCAAUGCCGAUCGAGGGGAGAACACGAAAUCAUUCCACGACUCUCACAUUGCAACCCUCCCUUCUGUUCAAGAUGCGAGUGUUUCUGUUGAUCGGGACCAUGUCAGGAACCCGUCUCGCCCUGCAACAUCAUGUGAAACCAUGACCGACUCGGACAGGAGAAGCCACUUUGAGGAACAUACGAAAUCCCGGAGGCAUCUUGUUAGACGGGUGCCAAAUGGCCCACCUGUUCAACCGCACGACGUAACAGAUCUAGUACGGACCAGAGUUCGUCAAAGGCAGACCUUGGGCGAAAGCACAUAUCAAUCUUCUUUACACGAUGCAAGUAGAGACAGUUUGACAUCCAACACUGAUCACGUUGCUUGCUCAGGCCAAAGUCUCUCGCCCAGGUGUGGUGGCCGCGGCAAGAAUGGACGGCGAUUGAACUCCGACCGCCCUCAGCAAAACAAUCUCCCGAAGCAUAUGCGCCUUGACACUACACAACUCAGCAAAGAUCGAGCGCCGCUGACCAUCACUGAUGUGUCAAAAUUCGUCGAUCGCUUUUUUCGGAGCAUGGGUAGUACCGACGAGGCAACCCGGGCGCCAGGCAACGUCCGUCAUGCCGCAAUGGUGAAGUCAAUCCCUCCCCAAACGGUGCCGUCCCAUUUCAACUACACCGAUAUUGUGUCAGACAAAUUGCCAGGCGACGUGAAAAGAGACAUUCUUCAUAGUGUGCAGCGGAUCACCGGCUCACUCAAAUUGCAACAACUCCUUGUGGCAUACGACCUCGAGAUGUUUCUUGGAGGACAUGAUGGACCGUCGCCAUUAAAUCCCGCUGACAUCUUAACCCCAAUAUUCCAGUCUGACUCUGUUUGUGUCUCAUACGGUGGUGAAGGUGACCUCAGCCUGGAACCAGGUGUGCCGCAACAUUCGCUCAGUCUCAAUGAUUUUAACGAAGACCAUUGGAUGGGUAUCGCACAGCACCUUUCUCCUCAAGAUAUUAGAAGUCUACGUCUUGUCAGUCGAACCCUGGCUCAACGCUUAGGGCCGGUUUUGUUUCGCAAUGUUGUGGUCAAUUUUGGGAAAGGAUUCUUCGACAUUGAUAACCCUGAAUGGGAUAGCAAAUGUGGCCAGCCCCCGUCGAAUUCCAUGCUCAAGAAAUAUGGAGAUAACAUCAAUCAAUUUGGACUAGCAUUUGAGUACGACUUGGAAGGCCUUGCCAAUGCAUCAGACAAAGUCAUAGAAAAAGAACAAGAUGCGUGGUUUGGACGAUUUACGUGGCCGACAGAAAACUAUCCGCGUUUCUCAGCCAUUCAAUCCCAAGAAGACCUCGUAGAUCACAAUCGUCCAUUGCUCCGAGAAGCCUUCCAGCAUGUAACUAAAGCUUCCGAGCUGGGACUCUGCAUUGACAGUGGGCAUGGGUGGCUAGAGGGCCCCGACAUGUCUGAUCUCGCUCUAUUCGACCGCCGGACCAAAAAGGGUAGCCCAAUCUUUGGCAAAACCUUUAAGACUGAAGACGUGUGGACUACCCUGGGACGCCAUCUGUACUUCCACUGGGCUCAACAGAACACCAUCCAGGAGACUAUCAAAUUGCUUAAAAAACCUGCAGGCGACGAUUUCGGGAAUGCAUGCCACCGGGCGAGUACUUCCACCGUGGACGAGAUUGAUUUCUGGAAUCAUGUGGAGAGCAGUAAUAUCGAGAGCUUCCGAGAGCCCCCUAAUCCGCUAGAUGAGGUUGAAGAUCCGCACAUUGGUGAAUUUUCCAAUUUUCGACGUGUUCGUCCACAGUUCGAUUUGGACAGCGCAUCCGGCAUGCUGGAUGCGCAUCAGAGCCAGUGGCCACUGAUAUUCGGUGGUUACAAUCUUGCGGCACAGCUUGGAAGCGUCAACGAGGGCCUAUACAGCAAGCUCGCCCAUCCCACUUGCUCCCCCUUACUCCCAGGGGCGCUUACAGAAGCACAAGCUCAGUGGUUGAUGGAGACCGCUUGGGCUCAGCGGACCUUUUUAUCAUCCUAUACCACGGCCAUCAUCUCUAACAAGCUGAAUUUCACCAAUGUACAUACUCUCAGAAUCAGUAAAUUAUCUUCAGGACUCUUACCAUCGAUCGCGCAGAAAGAGUUCUGGGCAUCUCUCCCAGGACUGAAGAAGUUACAAAUCCUGGUCAGUCCAGAUUGGCGGCAAGAGUAUGUCAUCGGUGACCGUUCCUUUGGCCUGGACAUGCUCAUAUCUCCCGCAAAGGCUGCUGAGAAAUUCACCCAUUUCUUGAGAGAACACGUCGCCAAGUUGGAGACUCUUUUGAGUCUGACGAUUGGUUAUGUGGGAGGCGGAGAACAUGCGGUUGGCAUGUUUGCCCGCAAUCAACAUGUUCUGUUCGCUCCCAUCGUUGACAACCCUAUACAAUGGCUUCACCAUCUUGACCAACCUGCAUUAAUAACCAGGUUCGACCACGUUCGGGAGCUAAAGUUUGAAAAUUGCUGGUUCACCCCAUGGAUGUUGCGAGAAUUCAUGGAGACGAGUAAGGAUACCAGUCUUCACACCCUCAACCUCGACUCGGUCAGUAUGACGGCCAUCCACGACCCGACUCUCGAGAGUCGACUCUUGGCUCAGGGAAGCGGGUCGCGUUGUAUAUGGCCUCGAUUUUCGUGGCUUAAGGAAAAACUUCCGACGAGUGCUGCUUGGUGUCGGGUCCUUGAUGACAUUACUCCUGGACUUACAUUUCUUGAGCGUAAGUAUAAUGCCGGUAUGAUCGACGACGAUGAGCAUCCGCGAGCGCAACGGCCCUUCCGUGGCCAUGUACGGAAAAUAAUCCUCAAGAGCUGCGGUUAUGUCAAAAUUUCAACCCAGCACGACAACCCCUUGGUUUAUAGCCAGAACGCUCUUCUUGCACAUUCUCACGUCCCUAUGGAUCAGGGUCUCUUCAAACGUAUGCAACAAUAUGUCAAGGUCCCCACCUUGAUGUCAUUUGAAGAGUCAGAGGUGCGACUUAACCAAUCCUCGUCCCGGCCCAAGCGAUUUGAGGAUCACGCUCGCCGACACAUUAUGCAGAGUGUCAGUAACCCGAUCGAAUCACGGUGGCCCUGGUUGGGCACAUUGACGCAGUGCGUACACCCCAUCGAAAAACGAGUGCUGGAGGAAGCUUGGGGCAUGACCUUUGGAUGGGGCAAUGAUUUGGCUCGGUUUGGACCCGUGGAAGAUGGUUUCUUCGAAGGCGGUACGGGACGCUUCAGUGGUGUUAUCGAAAGCCACACCAGCACCGGCCCAGACCCAUCGGAUUAGACGCACAAUCUUGGGGGCAUAUGGUGAGAUGAGGAUGGUGACCGUGUGGGAAUCGAAUUUGGGAAUGCUGUGUUGGAAUGACUACAUCGUUUGAAAGUUUGGAAAGUGGCAUUUCUGGGUCAUAACCAAGGAGCCGAUGGACAUUGCAUGGGGUGUGGUUGUCAGAGAAUGAUUGUCGGCGGGUAGCCUCGCAUUAUGUGGAUGAUGAACGAAAUGAGACGUGAAAAAGAUUACGGCCUUUUUUGUUUGAUGGAGUCAACUCUUUUGCAAUGUCAAAAGUGUACUUUUGAAGUCCGAAGAGGAUUAAAAAGCAGAUUAGAUGAUCCCAAUGUCAUGAGACAAGACGAUAUCAAUUUGAUUUACUUUGUAUGAGUGAGUAGGUACUUGAGGUGGCUGAUGAAAAA